AUGUUCGAUGCGCUCACGGGCGAGCAGUCGCUGGGCCAAGGGCCGCAGCAGAAGCCCCAGCCGGAGCAGCCCGCCCAGCCGGAGCAGCCCGAGCAGCCAGAGCAGAAGGAAGUCAAGGACUGGGACAAGUACGUGCCCGGGUUCGUGGACCAGUUUGCCAAGGGCUACAUGAAGAAGAGCCUGGGCCCUGUGAGCUGCGAGAAGGCAACGGCGGAGCGGGUGAAGGAGCGUGAGGAGGCUGCAAAGAAGGAGCAGGCUGCAAAGAAGGGCAGCGACGAGAAGGAUGCGGACAAGAGCCCCUCGCUGAUGUACGCGCACCCACUGAUGUUCGAUGCGCUCACGGGCGAGCAGUCGCUGGGCCAAGGGCCGCAGCAGAAGCCCCAGCCGGAGCAGCCCGCCCAGCCGGAGCAGCCCGAGCAGCCAGAGCAGAAGGAAGUCAAGGACUGGGACAAGUACGUGCCCGGGUUCGUGGACCAGUUUGCCAAGGGCUACAUGAAGAAGAGCGAGAAGGCAACGGCGGAGCGGGUGAAGGAGCGUGAGGAGGCUGCAAAGAAGGAGCAGGCUGCAAAGAAGGGCAGCGGCGAGAAGGAUGCUCCGGCUUUGCUGGUUGCGUCCGACGAUGCCUCAGACGAGGCGCAGGAGGAGCAGAGCCUCCGGGCCGUGUCCUCCGCGGAGGAGUCCGAGGCCAAGGCCAAAUCCCGCGCUGAGGACGCCCUCGGCCGCCUGCACGAGGCCUCUGCCCAGGGCGUCAUCGGUGAGGUGAGCGACUGGAGCACCGUGGAGGAGUUGGCGUCGUCCACCACCGAGAAGGACGCGUCAUCUUGGGAGCACGCGCUGGAGGAGCGCACCCAGAUGCUGGAGAAGUUCAACAGCAAGCCUCGGAAGAACCUGCUGGACUUCAACGCCUCCCGGGCCGUGGAGUUGGUGUACGCGGUGCAGACGGCCUCCGCCCACGUGGAGCUGAACAUCCGCAGGAGGCAAGAGAAGAUGAAGUCGGCCUUUAAGGACGCCAAGUAUGCGGCGAUGCGGAAGGUGAAGGCCAUGGAGUUCGACACCCGGGAUGCCGCCAGGAACUGGAAGGCCCUGGGCAAGAAGGCGGUGAAGGCUCAGAGGGCUGCCCACAUCUCGGAGAAUGUCUACGAGCGCCACGAGGACCUCAUGAGGGACGCGGCCGGGGACGUGUCCAACCGUGCUGAGAACAGGGCGGACCGGCUGAAGGACCAGGUGAGCGACUACUUCUCCAGGGUGGAGGAUGACCUGCACAGAUCCUCCUUCGACAAGCGCGGCAGGGACCUCAUGAAGCGAGCCAAGGAGGCUGUGGCACAGAUGCACGAGGUCACUGAGAAGUUGGGCGCGCAGGCUGCCUACCAGGAGGCCGAGUCCUCCGCUCGCUUCCAGCAGGAGGAGAAGCGCUGGGAGUCCUACCAGUCUCCGAAGAUGCUCCUCGCGAUGCCCAGUGCAGCUCUCUCCAGCUCGAUGAUGCUGACCGCGGCGGGCUCCUUCGCUGUGGUCUUCGCGCUGCUGAGGCGCCGGCGGCACUGGUCCCGGCCCCUGGACAUCGAGGCUCCCCCGCUGCUCGGCUGA